GAAUCAUCAACAAAACUGAACAAAACCAAACAAAACCAUGUAAUAAUAAUAAUAAUAGCAAAAUAUUGUAUAACAAUUUAUAUAAACAAAAAAAAUUUUGACUAAAAAUUAAUUUAUUUCAAGAAAAAAUUGUUUAAUAAUUAAAUUAACAUACAAAUAAUAAAUAAUAAUUUUUUUUUAUAAAAUAAUCAAUAAUUUAUUAUAUUUUUUAAUUAUCAACAUUUAUAAUAAUUAUUAUUUAUUUAAUUUAUUUAUUUGAAACACGUGCCAUGUGAUUGAAAAAAAUAUUUUUUUUUUUGGAUUUUAAUUUCAUCAUUUUUGAGUCUUAUUAUUAUUAUUUUUUUGACUUUAUUCAUUUGACUAGCACCUACACACGGUGUGUUGAUUGUUGAAUAACACUGAAUUAAAAAUAAAUAAAUUAUUGACAUGGACGAUGAAUUGGAGGAUAAAGUACUUUACCAGACUUAUAUGUCAUACAUGAAGCUGUUGUCAAAAUUUGCAGUUGGUCUACCAACAAGUUUAACAGCUGGUGCAAAUACACCACUUGGUUAUUUUUGGAGAAUAAUGCGUAUUUAUGCAUUGAGACCAGAAAUACUUGUUUGUUGUACAAUAUUAUUUUUCAUAAUAUUUUAUCUCAAUGCUGUUGAUAUUUGGAGUCGUUCAUUAUUUGAAAAAAUUAAUUAUACACUUGGAAAAACUAGCUCAAAGGUUUCAAAGCUACAAUUUCUCGUUGGAAAUAGUGGAACAAAUAGUCAAAAACAAAAUUGGGAAUUGAAACAAAAAUACGUUGCUGCAUUUGCAAUUCAAGGACAUCGUGCACACAUGGAAGAUAGAUUUGUUAUAAAUGAUGAUAUAAGUGGUACUGGUGUAUCAUUAUUUGCUGUAUUUGAUGGACAUGGUGGACAAUUUGCUGCUGAUUAUGCCAAAAAUUUAUUAAUACCAAGUAUCAGUAAAAAAAUAACAACACUUACUAAUAUGCUCAAUGGUAUAUCACCAAUUAAAAUAGAUAAUAAUAAUAAUUUAACAAUAAAUAAUAUCAAAGAUGUUAAAUUAAAUAAUGAUGAUGUUAAAAAAAAAUUAUCAUUUCGUAAGACUGUAUCACAGACUGAUGAUAAUAUGAAAAAUAUGGGUAUAACUGAUCCAGAAUUAUUAAAAAAAUUAGACAGUUUGCCAAGACCAAUUACCAGAGAGGUAAGACCAAGCAAACCAGGUGAUAAUUUUAAUUAUAAUAUUGACAUGUCAUUAUAUUUUGAUGGUAAAAAAAUUAAUUAUUCAAAAAUAUUAAAUGACGAAGUAUUAGCUGCUGAUAGAUUGCUAGUUGAAGCUGCUAAAAAAAAUAUGGAUGUUGCUGGAACAACAGCAUUAAUUGCAAUUGUAGAAAAUAAUAAAUUAAUUGUUGCAAAUGUUGGUGAUUCAAGAGGUGUUAUGUGUGAUAAUAAAGGUAAUGCAAUACCAUUGUCAUUUGAUCAUAAACCACAACAGCAAAGAGAAAGACAAAGGAUAAAUAAAGCUGGUGGUCUUGUGACAUUUAAUGGAGUUUGGAGAGUUGCUGGAAUAUUAGCAACAUCAAGAGCACUUGGUGAUUAUCCUCUUAAAGAUAAAAAACUUGUUAUAGCUGAUCCUGAUAUAUUGACAUUUGAUUUAACUGAUCAUGAUCCAAUGUUUAUUAUUCUGGCAACUGAUGGUUUAUGGGAUACAUUUACAAAUGAAGAAGCUGUUGCUUUUGUUAAAGAAAGACUACAUGAACCAUUUUAUGGUGCUAAAAGUUUAACACUACAAAGUUAUUACAGAGGAUCAUUGGAUAAUAUCACAGUUCUUGUUGUAAAUUUAAAAAAUCGAAAAAAUAACAUAUCAUAGUUAUAAAUUAAUAAAAUAACAUCAAAAUUAAAUAUCAAUUUAUUUAUUUUUAGAAAUAUAUAAUUUACACUUUAUAAUGUCAUUGUUUUUAUAAUUAAACAUUGAUUUUAUAUUCAAGAUAAAAAAAAAUGUGAUCACUAGUUUAGAUAAAUAUAAGAAAAUAGUAGAAAAAAAAAAUAAAUCAAUUGUUAAUCUGUAAUUAUAUGUAUACACAAUUUAAAAAUAAUAAUUUAUCAAAACUUCAAACUUUUAAUUUACACGUUGUAAAUAAUAAAUUAUAUUGCUAAUUAAAUAUUU